UGACAGGUUUCCUUCAAUUUGAUACAUUCAAGUCACGGUGCAAUCAUAUGAGAGAAGUAAAAAGUAUUCUCUAGAGUAAUAAGAGCAAACAAGGAUUUUUGGAACUGUAAGGAAAUUUGACGACUGUGAAUCAUGGCCCUUGAACUUCCACCAACUCUAGUAAAAUUGUUUGGGCAUAUAGAUCAGCAUAAGGAUGAGUACGUAAACAACUUGAGAGAUGUAGUUGCUAUCAAAUCUGUGUCUGCAUGGCCUGAAAAGAGGAGUGAAAUAGUUAAAAUGAUACAGUGGGCUGAAGCAAAAUUAAAAGACUUGGGCACCACAACAGAACUAGCUGAUAUUGGCAAACAAAAGCUAUCUGAUGGCAAAGAAAUUCCUCUACCUCCAGUACUACUAGGAACACUUGGUUCUGAUCCUAAAAAGAAGACUGUUCUAUUGUACGGCCAUUUGGAUGUCCAACCUGCACUUCUCGAGGAUGGUUGGGACACAGAACCUUUUACUCUUGUGGAAAAGGAUGGAAAACUCUAUGGAAGAGGAAGUACAGACGAUAAAGGACCAGUACUGUGCUGGAUCCAUGCACUCCAAGGCUAUAAAGCUAUUGGAGAAGAUAUUCCAGUUAAUAUAAAGUUUGUAUUUGAAGGUAUGGAAGAGAGUGGAAGCGAAGGACUGGAUGACCUUUUGUGGUCGCGAAAAGACACUUUCCUCAAAGGUAUAGAUUAUGUUUGCAUCUCUGACAAUUACUGGCUGGGAACCACAAAACCUUGCAUCACAUAUGGCCUCCGUGGUAUUUGUUACUUCCAUCUUGAAGUAUCUUGCGCAACCAGAGACUUGCACAGCGGUACCUUCGGCGGAACCGUGUACGAAGCCAUGUCUGAUUUGAUUUAUCUGCUGGAUUCGUUAGUUGAUGUAAACGGACGUAUUUUAAUCGAUGGCAUUUAUAAUGACGUUGCUGAAAUUACAAACGCUGAAUUGGAAAGCUAUAAGACCAUUGAAUUUGAUGUGAAUGAAUUCCGCUCUACUGUGGGUACUAAGAAGUUGGCGCAUAAUGAGGAUAAGACUCAACUUCUAAUGCAUCGCUGGCGCCAUCCAAGCUUAUCUAUUCAUGGCAUCGAAGGAGCUUUCAGUGAUCCUGGAGCAAAGACUGUGAUACCAAGAAAAGUCAUAGGUAAAUUCUCAAUUAGAAUAGUACCCAACAUGACCCCAGCUGAUGUAGAAAAAAAGGUCGUGGCUCAUUUGCAAAAGAAAUGGAGUACUCGCGGUAGUCCAAACGUAAUGAAUAUAAAUAUGGAUCAUGGUGGAAAACCAUGGACCGAGAAUCCGGAUCAUCCUCAUUAUAUUGCUGGACGUCGAGCUACCAGACACGUUUACAAAGUGGAACCUGAUCUUUCUCGUGAAGGAGGUUCCAUCCCUGUGACAUUAACUUUCCAAGAGGUUACUGGUAAGAACGUUUUGCUUCUACCAGUAGGCGCUGGUGAUGAUGGUGCUCAUUCUCAAAAUGAGAAAUUGAACGUCCGUAAUUACAUUCAGGGUACAAAGCUACUUGGAGCCUACCUCUAUGAAGUUGCUCAAUUGUAGAGUAUGUGUGGUGAAAUCAAAUAUAAUGAUCACUGCGAUAUAUCGAUACACAUAUGACAGUAUAAAAGACCCUUAAAGCAUGCGGAUCAUAUAUAUUGAUUCGUGCAUUUCAAGAUAUCACCCAUUAGCUCUUUUUAAAGGAUUUUAUACGUAUACUUCUGGAACGAUAUAUGUUUGAAAGAUAAGUGGAAUAUCGUUUUGUAUGAUUUAUAAAGAACUGGUUAAAGUGUUAUAGAAAAUAUAAUACUUAUAAUAAAAUAAUAUACUUCUCGAAAA